AUGGGUUCAAAAAGCCGUGGCAGCCUGGAGCCACGGCUCGCAGCCCAUAGAUCCAUAUCAUGCCUGGAGGUCAGCUGCGGUGCUGGGAUCCGCGCGUGCGCGGGCGGCGGGCAGUGGCAGCAAGUGCUGUCACUGCUGGAAGAGCUGGGGCAGGUCGAGCUUGAGCCAGACGUCGAAUAUCUGAUGUCCUUAAUCUAUAGUUCCGUCAUUCGUGCGUGCGAGAAGGGCAGGCAGUGCCACAAGACAAAAGCGCUGCUCAGCCAGCUCGACGCACAUGUGCUGAAACCAGGCGUGGCUGGAUAG